GCUCCGGCUCAGUGGGAAAUCGGGAAAAGCAGAGCUGUUCGUCCUUGCAGUAGGCACAUCUCAACUUCCCCACCUGCCAGCCCUGCAGUGGCCCUGGGGCGCGCGGGGCCACGAGGAGGGGACGGGCUCGGUCAGCUGAGGGGAUGGGGACGCUGGCCCUGCGUGGGAGACCAAGGCGGUGCGCCGCGCGUGGCUGCGCAUCUGCAGGAAACACUCAUUCCGGUUUCCUCGGCCUCAGCCACCGCGCAGGACCAGGCCCUGAAACCCAGCGCACAGAGGUCCCCACGCGCGACUGACCCCGGGUGGGGCUUGCAGCCGGGCGAGCCGGGGGCAGGGGUGGCCUCCUCCGCGGGUCCCCACCCGGGCCGGAGCGGGGGCGGGAGGGUUUCCGGGCAGGCUCCGGCGUCAGGUGGAGGCCCCGCCCCCUCGGCCCGCCUCCCCCUCCCUGCGCACCGGGCUCCGGGUCCCCGGCCCCGCGGCUGCGGCUUCUGCUCGGGCGGCGGCGGCGGCGGCGGCCAUGGAGGCAGGCGGCGGGGCCGGCGCGGGAGCCGCGGGCUGGAGCUGCCCCGGCCCAGGACCCACAGUAACCACUGUAGGCUCCUGUGAGGCGUCUGAGGGUUGUGAGAGGAAGAAAGGCCAACGCUGGGCGUCCCUGGAACGCCGCGGGAUGCAAGCUAUGGAGGGGGAGGUGUUACUUCCAGCUCUGUAUGAGGAGGAAGAGGAGGAGGAAGAGGAAGAGGUCGAAGAAGAUCAAGUAGAGAAAGGAGUCAGUUUGGGCUCCCUGUCUGUGGGCAAGCACCGGGGCCUGAGCCUCACAGAGACAGAGCUGGAGGAGCUGAGGGCUCAGGUGCUGCAGCUGGUGGCGGAGCUGGAAGAGACCCGGGAGCUUGCUGGGCAGCACGCAGACGACUCCCUGGAGCUUCAAGGGCUCCUGGAGGAUGAACGUCUGGCCAGCGCCCAGCAGGCCGAAGUGUUCACCAAGCAGAUUCAGCAGCUCCAAGGCGAGCUGCAACAUCUGCGGGAGGAGAUCUCCCUGCUGGAGCGCGAGAAGGAAACUGAGCUGAAGGAGAUAGAGCAGGAGCUGCACCUGGCCCAGGCGGAGAUCCAGAGCCUGCGGCAGGCGGCGGCCGACUCCGCCACGGAGCACGAGAGCGAUGUGGCGUCCCUGCAGGAAGACCUGUGCCGCCUGCAGAAUGAGCUGGACGACAUGGAGCGCAUCCGGGGGGAUUACGAACUGGAAAUCGCCUCGCUCCGGGCGGAAAUGGAACUGAAGACUUCUGAGCCGUCUGAAUUGAGCGUUUCGGACUUCUCUGGGAUACAAGAAGAGCUGCAGCAGCUUCGGGAGCGCUACCACUUCCUGAAUGAGGAGUACCAGGCCUUGCAGGAGAGUAACAGCAGCCUCACAGGGCAGCUCGCCGAGCUGGAGAGCGACAGGACACGGAGAGCAACAGAGCGAUGGUUGGAAUCCCAGAUUCUGAGGAAUGUGGUGUCGGCAGAGUCGCAGACGUCAGAACUGGAUUUCCCAGAGCCUGACCCUCACAUGCAGCUUUUGCGCCAGCAACUGCUGGGGGCUGAGGAACAGAUGCAGGACAUGCAGAACAAGUGUAAAAGCCUGUGCUCUGAGCUGGAGGAGCUGCAGCACCACCGCCGGGUCAGCGAGGAGGAGCACAAGCGGCUGCAGCGGGAGCUCAAGUGUGCCCAGAACGAGGUGCUUCGCUGCCAGACCUCCCACAGCGUAGCCCAGAACGAGGAGCUGAAGAGCAGGCUCUGUGCCCUGCAGCAAAAGUAUGAUGCUAGCCAGGACGAACACUGUGAGCUUCUGAAGGUGCAGCUGCAGCUUCAGAAUGAGCUCCGGCAGCUCAAAGUCGCCAGAGCCUGCGCCGUAGAAAGCCAGAGCGAGAAGGAGUUAAUGUGCCGGCUCCAGAAGCUGCAGGCCCAACACCAGAGCAGCAUUUGUGAGAAGGAGAAGCUGCUGGAGGCGCAGCAUCACCUGCAGGACAAGCUCCGCUGCCAUGAGUCAGAGCUGCAGCACCUCCGAGGCAUGGUGGACUGCUUGCGAGAGAAAAACGAGAAGAACACAGGGAUGCACGCCCAGCUCCAGGAGAUGAAGGGGCUGUAUCAGUGCAGCAAGGAGGAGCUGGAGCGGCAGAAGCACAUGUAUGACCAGCUGGAGCAGGACCUGCUGCUCUGCCAGCAGGAGCUGAGCGACCUCAAGUGCAGCCAGUCCUCCUGUGAAGACGAGGGAAGCAAGUGUGAUGCUCUGCUGUCCAGGCUGACAGAGUUGCAGGACAAGUUCAAAGCCAGCCAGCAGGAGAUGGGGCACUUGCAGAUGGAGCAGUGUGAGCUCCUGGAAGACCAGAGGAGGCUGCAGGAGGAGCAGAGCCAGCUGCAGGAAGAGCUGCACAGGCUCACGUUCCCGCAGCCCAAGUGUGGCCUCCUGCAGAAGAGUCAGGAGCUGCUCUCAAAGUUGCAAGACCUUUGUGAAAUGCAGCUGCUCUACCAAAGCAUGCAGGAAGAACAGAGGAAGCUGAUACAGAACCAGGAGAGCAUGCUAAAGGAGCAGUUAGAGGCGCACAGAGAACUCCGAGGUUUCAAAGAGAACAAUUUCCAGGAAGUGCUGGCAAAGCCUCAUGAUGCCAAAGGGCCUAAGUCCUCUGGCUGUGAGUCUAAGUUCAAGGUGCUCAUGGACCAGCUGCAGGCUCUGCAGAUGCUCUAUGACACCAGUCAGAGGCAGCAGGAGCUACUGCAGCGGGAGCACGGGCGGCUCCUGGAGGAGCGGAAGAGGCUGCAGGCUGAGCUGCAGCUCUGCAUGGAGGAGAUACAGCUGCUCCAAGCUCAGUCCCCCACCAUAAAAAUGAGUCUCGAGGCGUACAGGAAGAACUCGGGCAGCACGGCCCAGAGCAGCGAGAGCUUCAACAGGAGCUAUGACAGCACCCUGGAGGACAACAGUGGAGGCUACGAGAGGAGUUACGUAAGCUCCCGGGCCAGCGACGAAGUCUUCCUCAGGAGCUACGAGAGCAACAGCACUUUUAACGAGCCCUAUCAGCAGAGCUACCGGUCCAGCAACACGAGUGUUGCCUAUAAGACGAGCUACGGCAGUGCGGCCAGUUCUGAAACCCUCCACAAGAGUUACGUCAGCAGCAAUGCUGACGAGGAGCCAGCCGAGCCUCAAGACUUGGAGCGCUUUGAGGAGACAGUGGCCAAGGUGCUGACCAAGUUGCAGGCAGUGAAGGCCCUGUACCAGGUGAGCCAGGAGGAGCACGGCCACCUGCAGGAGCGGAUGAACAAGCUGCUGGCCAAGCAGAGAGAGCUGAAGUGCGAGCUGGAGUGCUGUGAGAAGGAGCUAAGAGAGUGCAUGGAGAGCCUGGGGAAGCCUAUGGCCCCCCAGAGCGACAAGUGUGAGAUCAAAGAGCUGCAGACGAAGCUGCGCGAGCUGCAGCUGCAGUACCAGGCUAGCAUGGACGAGCAGGGGCGGCUUCUGGCCGUGCAGGAGCAGCUGGAGGGCCAGCUGCAGUGCUGCCAGGAAGAGCUCCGCCAGCUCAGAGAACACAGGCCUUCCCUUAGCGCGGAAGUCAGGGGCAAGAAUGGCAAUAAGAACAUGAACAAGAAUGCCAAUGGAGCUAACACUAAGAAGGCCAACAAGGCGUGCUCAGAGAGUUCGGAAAGCAGCUUUGAGAAUGAGAAGAGCCUGGAGGUGAUGCUGUACUACAAGGCCAGCCAGAGGGAGUUAGAUCAGCUAGAGAAAAAGGAGAAAGAGAUGGAAGAGGCAGAAAAGAAAGAAAAAGAGAAACAAGCCAAGGAAGAAUCGAACAAACUAGCUGCUGAGGCAGCAUGUUCUAGGAAAGAGACUAAGUCACCAGACGCUGAGGAGGGAGGCUAUGAAGAGUACAAAGAAGCAGAGGCUAAGGAAGAAUGUGAAGAUGAGACUGCCGAGGAAAGUAACCCCCUAACGCUUUCUGAGAGCAAAAAGCCAUCCCCUGCCCCCGACCCCCCCAUAUUCUCCUUGCCUCUUGUAGGCCUGGUGGUCAUAUCAGCUCUGCUGUGGUGCUGGUGGGCCGAGACUUCGUCCUAACCAGAACAUGUUUGGGAUGUGGAAGCCUAUGGUAUUCUUGGCUAUUGCAGCAGUGGCGCUGUAUGUGUUACCCAACAUGCGACCACAGGAGACAGAAUACAUGACAUGAAGUGAAGGCAGACAUGGGCCAGCCCAGAGGGCAGGUCCCCGGAGGCUACCACCCUCACCUGUGGGCAGAACACACUGUGCCAGAGUCCCCACCCCGCCCAUGUGUCCCCUUCUCCUUUGCCUCAGCCACUCAGACUGGCAAGGCUUAUGGGAGUUGCUGGCUCUCAACCUCCUGCCUUGUGUAAGAACCUGGGUUCCUUGUAAUUAAAUGUCAGCCUAAUUACGUGA